AGUUUUAGGUCUUUCCAGGUGCAGUUGAGCAACCAGAAGGCUGACGUCUGCGUAGUCACCUCUACGGCGCUACACAAUAACUAAACUGUAAUAAACUAACACGUUGUCUUUUAGGAAGUGAUGUAGGUUUACAAAACGAUUUUCACUCGGUUCAAUUCUCACCUGAGGACGGAGGAAGCGGAAGACUGCGGCUCAUGGCUGUGAUUUUAGUCGCUUUCAUAUUGGUGUGCUUUGUUGAAUGGAACAAGACUUUUCUCGCAGUCGCUCAGACUUGUGUGGAUGAGAGCAGGUUUAAGGAGCAGGUGCUCUACGUGGGGCAGCAGGGGCCUCCAUAUCGGCUGAACUGCCCUCUGGAGCUUGUUCAGACCCAGAGCUCCCCGCAGCUCAAGCUUACCUGGCAGAAGGACUGUGAGCAGCUCCUCGCCCAGGAAGGGAAGACCUACCUGGAGUUUAGCAGCCUCAGCUUGAAAGACCAAGGGAAUUACACCUGUGUGCAACAAGGCAACAGCACAGCCUCAUUCACUGUGCGUCUCAUAGUUAAAGAGUCCCAGUGCUCCAAAGCGCCAGAAUUUAAACCUAAUGAGGGUCUGACCAGCCUCUGGAGGAAUGUGGGAUCCACUGUGAAACUGAACUGCACUGCUCUCCUCCUCUGGGACCCAAGAGAGGAGCAAUGUGACACCACGCUGCAGUGGAGUAAAGAUGGCCAACCCCUCACCAAUCACACACUUCACAAGCAGAAUACCUCCUCAUGGUCUCCUGUUGUCGGCCAGCUGAUGGUAAACAGUCUGCUGGUGAUCACACUGAGAGAGCUGGACGAUUUUGGGCUCUACAGCUGCACAGUGAGGAACAUUUCCUCUGACUUCAGCCUACAGAAUUCAAACGGCCCCAGCCACACAGCUGCUGUUAUUGCAGCCAUCAUCCUCCUCCUCUUCCUCACUGUAGCUGCUGUUGUGUACUCCAGGUGUCACCUGAACAUCAAACUCUGGUACAGGAACUCCUACGGAGAAUAUGAACUCAGUGAUGGCAAAUUAUAUGAUGCCUAUGUUUCCUAUGUGAACAAUGAUCAUGACAGGAAGUUUGUCAACUUUAUUCUCAAACCUCACCUGGAGAAUAAAAAUGCGUACAAGGUGCUCCUCAAUGACAAUGAUAUCCUACCUGGCUCAGAACCUUCUGCAGAGCUGCUAAUGAACAUGAGUCGCUCUCGGCGUCUGAUCGUGUUGCUCUCUUAUGCUUACCUUGAGCAGGACUGGUGCUCCAAUAACUUCAGACAGGGCCUUCUGCACAUAUUGGAGAUAUGUCAGCGGCCCAUCUUCAUCAUGUUGGAGGGUCAGUCCAAACGCAUGAGGCCUGAGAUCAAGCAGCAGCUCACUGAGCACCAGCACCGCAUCACCAUACUCACCUGGAGGCACAACUCUGUGACUCCCUCCUCAGUCUUCUGGAAGGAGCUGGCCUUAGCGAUGCCUCGCAAAGUCGUCUUCCACAGGGAGUCUGCAGGCGACCCUCAGACUGUGCUACAAGAUGACAAGGACCCCAUGCUGACCCUCGACGCCGACUACCUGGACUGCCGCUCGGACACUGACCCUGCUGGAGAUCUGGGGCUUCGCAUCCCUGUGUACAAGGCUCUGGCCUGUAAAGCUCCUGUCCUCCCCGCUGCUCCCAUCACUGUGGCUGAGCCCAAACCCUCGGACAUUGACGUGUCCGACCUGGGAUCACGCAACUAUGGAGCCCGCUCAGACUUCUACUGCCUGGUCACUGAGGAGGACAUUUGAUCCACAUUCCCCUCACUUAUCUCCCCUGAUUUAUAAAAAUGAACAACUACAUGGAGAUCCUCAUUAGCAUUGCUCUUUAUUUAUCCAUGUCAAUAUGGUAAAUAUGUUUUUGUUUCUUUUCUGUAUAGCGUGUUGUUAAACAAAGUGUUACCCUUUUCUAUAUCCACUUACCAAAGACUUAUUUUGAAUGUUUUUGUAUUUUUUACUGUUGGGUUAAAUAUUUUAUGAGACACUGUAGAAUGAAUUAUCUGAAAUAUUUGUGUCAAUCAGGGAAAGAAGUAACUUACUGUAUAUAGGGACAUGAUCAUAACUGAUCAUUUCACAGCCAAGAUCUCUCAUUGAGUCCCCAGCAGAGGGCAGAGUAAUGUCAGAUAAGAUGAAGGAAUUCUGCAAACAGCAGUUUGUCUUAACUUGACAGCUGACAGUAUACAGAUGGUUUGGAAAGACAGAGAAAAUACAUGUAAAAAAGUCCUAAAGUCAGAUUUGAACCCAGAACACUGGUAUCUGUCCACACACUGGUCAACUGGUGACGCAAAUGACUGAAGAACUCACAGUUCUUCACAGUUCUGCAGUGGGGGUGAUGUAAACUGACUCAAAACAUGGCGGUCACGCUAAUAAAGCAGUUUGACAAAA